AUGUUGGGCGGUAAAGUGUACGAGGUCGACUACAUCUUUGCUCGAGAAUCAUCCCAGGACGCCAAUGAGGACUUCCUAGAACUCAAAGUACCGGGCAAAAAUUCUUCGCAUGGCACAACAUUGCUGGCUCCCAAGAGAGAACAAAAAAACAUCGCACAUGCAGCGUCGGCGGUCCUUUUCGAAAAGGGCAAUUCUGGCGAUCUUGUACGCGCCGUUAUGGACGUAAUGCUUGCGCUGGUCAAUGAGUGGAGCAUGGAUCAACUCGGUGAAGUCCGUUUCUGGAGCUUAUCGGGCGAAGAGAAGGAUCUUAAUCUGACCGGAGCUGUCGCGCUCACCAAGAUGUUCAUUGUCGAGUGGAGCAAUGAGUUCGACUGUCAUAUGUAUCAAGAUUUUUCCAUAAGCUUGAAAUUUGCUUAG